AUGGAACCCAAUGAUCAGGAACCUCAGGAAUCCAACAUAAUGAACAAACGCCAAAGGUUUCUGAAUCUGAUGAAGACGACAAAAGAUGUCUACAUCCCAAAUUUAAAGUCAACACUCUCACAGCAGACAUUUAAGGUGGUCAAUGAACGAACUAAUUCAGAUAGCAAUAACUUAGCCAUUACUUGGCCUCCGGAUCUGGAUUUGCUAUAUUAUCCGACGUACUCUACUUUUGAUCCAAGUAACCCUUCUAAGGUAAAUUCUACGAUUCGCCUUAAUGUCUUUGCACCUGGAAAUCUGACAGGAAGGCGUAAUAGGAUCAUAGUAUCACUGUGUAAACAAUAUCUGAAGACCAACAAUGAUAGUGUUAAUAAUCAGCAGUCAUUGCAUGAACAAAAUAUAGAAUAUGGUACCGGUAGCCCAAUGGAAAAUUCUGUGUCAUCCUUGAAAGAUGCUGUGAAAUCUGAGAAUAGCACAACAACAGCGAAUACGGAAUUGGAUACAUUUAGUGAAAGAAUUUCAGGGUUCUUAUCGAGAACCUUUGAAUCAGUUCCUGUGCGAGUCAAACUGAAAUCGUUUUCUGAACAUGAAUCCAUCGAGAAUGUUUUCCAAACCGAUAGUUCGGGGAACAUUAAUGUUAAAUUGAGUACUGAUUUUAUCCCAGAUGAAAUUAUUAUUAGUAUCAGGGAGGAUUCUAAGGAUCAAACAACUUAUAGAUAUCCGAUGGAUUUUAUUGAGCAGGAUGGUUUUGCACUGAUAAGUGACCUCGAUGAUACAAUUAAGCACACAGGUAUUACUGGCAACAAGAGAUCGAUGUUUCGAAACGUAUUUGUUCACGAUACUAGAAGUUGGACAAUUAAGGGGAUGCCAUUAUGGUAUGAUACAUUACGCGAUCACCUAAAUGUUGAUUUCUUUUAUGUUUCUAAUUCUCCAGUUCAGUUGUUUCCAAUUGCUAAUAAUUUCAUCAAGAGAGAUUACCCGUGGGGUCCUUUAUUCUUAAAGCAAUACUCCGGGAAUUUUUUGUCCAGUUUGAUGACAUCUAGCGCUAACAGGAAAUUAGAACCUAUCUGGAACAUUAUUCAGGACUUUCCCAAAAAGAAGUUUAUAUUGGUUGGUGACUCUGGGGAAAAGGAUCUGGAAGCUUAUAUAAAUACUGUUAUGGAAUUUCCAGAUCAAAUCAUUGGUGUUUAUAUUCGUUGUUGUACCAAUUCUAUGAGCGAUUUGGGAACGAAAGAGCAAGAUAAAAAGGUUAUGGAUGAUUUGAAUCAAGAAAUUUCAAUCAAUUAUUACAAUACCUCGAGAGAGAAGAUAAAACGAAUUCUUCCACGCAUUCCACCCAAGAGGAUUCAGCUUUCAGAUGACCAAUUAGAGAGAAUCCAAUCUUCUAGGGGGUCAGUUGGGCACCAAGAUAAUUCGUUUGUUGGUACACGUAUGGGAACUAGUUCUACCUUGCCUAACCUCCCUCCUAGGCCUUAUACAUCCAAAUCUGCUUCUUCCUCCUUUAGUGAUAUAAAGAGAAGAAUUCAGUCUGACUCAGAAUAUGUUUUAUCUUCAAGUCAAAACGAUUAUGGGAAUUAUGACACUCUCAUUGACAACAAGGGAGAACACUGGAGGAAAAGGGUCUAUCAAGCCAUAGAACAACUGAAUUCACUCAAACAUUCCCAUGAUAAGAUAAGGCUGUUAUUUUUCAUGGAACCAGAAGUAGCAUUAGAGGAUAGCGUAGUAAAAUUAGAAGAACUUCAAAAGUCUAUAACUCAAUAA